AUGCUGUUUUGCUUAUUUUGCUUUGUAGGCAUUACAUCAAUGUGUCUAGAUCGCUACGGCUCGACGCUUUUUGCCGCUUCGACAGACUCGAGAGUUUAUCUUUAUACCGUUCAGGGAUCGUCGAAACAUCCGAGUCAGCUCAUUUCCGUUCGCUUCUUUAUCAUUUUUAGUCCUCGAUCAUUGCUUGUUAUAUUUUUCUUUUUUCAAACACUUUAUGCGAAUAUCGGCAGUUUUAGUUGA